CAGAGUCGGGACUGCCCAGGUGGACCCGGCGACCCAGCCAGCGCGGACCGGCAGGCGCACUGUCCCCGCGCCGGGGACCGCACCGCACCGUUCCGCGCGGGGCAGAGCGGAGCCGCAACCCCACGCGCCGCCCAGGACCCACUCGCCAUCGCCGCCUCCGCAGCACCCAUGGGGACCAGGAGACUUUAAAGGAGUUUGGGGUUUCGGGAGCAGGGAAAUCACGGAUCCCCGCUCCUGGCCCUCGCUUCGCCGCGUCAUUGAUGGGCAACCAACUGGACCGCAUCACCCACCUCAACUACAGCGAGUUGCCCACAGGGGACCCGUCGGGGAUCGAGAAGGACGAGCUGCGGGUCGGGGUCGCCUACUUCUUCUCAGAUGAAGAGGAGGACCUGGACGAACGCGGCCAGCCCGACAAGUUUGGCGUGAAGGCCCCUCCGGGCUGCACUCCCUGCCCGGAGAGCCCCAGCCGCCACCACCACCACCUGCUGCACCAGCUGGUCCUCAACGAAACUCAGUUCUCCGCCUUCCGGGGCCAGGAAUGCAUCUUCUCCAAAGUGAGCGGCGGCCCUCAGGGCGCCGACCUGAGCGUCUACGCUGUCACAGCGCUGCCCGCGCUCUGCGAACCCGGCGACCUGCUGGAGCUGCUGUGGCUGCAGCCGGCGCCGGAGCCGCCCGCCCCGCACUGGGCGGUCUACGUGGGUGGCGGGCAGAUCAUCCACCUGCACCAAGGCGAGAUCCGCCAGGACAGCCUGUACGAGGCGGGCGCGGCCAACGUGGGCCGGGUGGUGAAUAGCUGGUACCGCUACCGCCCGCUGGUGGCCGAGCUGGUGGUGCAGAACGCCUGCGGCCACCUGGGCCUCAAGAGCGAGGAGAUCUGCUGGACGAACUCGGAGAGCUUCGCCGCCUGGUGCCGCUUUGGCAAGCGGGAGUUCAAGGCGGGAGGGGAGGUGCCGGCCGGCACGCAGCCCCCGCAGCAGCAGUACUAUCUCAAGGUGCACCUGGGCGAGAACAAGGUGCACACGGCCAGGUUUCACAGCCUGGAAGACCUCAUCCGCGAGAAGCGCCGCAUCGACGCCAGCGGUCGCCUGCGAGUGCUCCAGGAGCUCGCCGACUUCGUGGACGACAAGGAGUAGCCUUGUGGGGGGCCUCCCGCUCCUCCUGUCUCCCCGCGCCCCGCUCCCUUCCCCGCACCCGGGCCUCCCGGCCGGCGAUCCACGACCCCCGCCCCUUCGAGCGCCCUCCUGCGGCGGCCAGUGCCCAGGCUGCACCCUCGCACCCCUCCGGCAAGUGGCAGGAAGUCUCAGGAACUGGCCCCGGGACCAAAGGGCAGCUGUGCGCGCCUGGCGGAGACCCCCGGUGUGGUGACGGUGUUGGGAAACCCAGCGUGCGCUUUCCCCUUGAGUUGUAACGGGGGAAGGAGAAAGGGCUGAGGGGAGCAGGGACGUGGCUUUCCCCGCGGGUCACUAGUCCGUAACUGUCACCCGACCUACUGUAAAGGGAACCAUCACCGCCCCCAAACGCGCACACACAGACCAGUCGGAGGUGAGAAAUGAUCUUUUCAGGGCACAGUUCAGCUCUUGUAUGAAUGUGUCCCCAGAUUUCAGGAUUUCCAAGAAAUCGAGCCUGUCCCUUAGGCACUUGUGAAUAAUUCCACAAGGAGCACUUCGGGACUCCGGGUUAUCUCGAGGCUGCCCGGCAUUCUUCCAGCUCUCCAGCCCCAAGUCUCCCGACAUUGUAUUCCAGGCUCCGGGCAAAGCUCUUGGGUUUGCUUCUAGUCCUUUCCACCGAGGGAAGCGAACGCCACCCCCCGCCCCAUUUGCCUGUGAGUCUCCCUCGCUGGCAGGAGGGAAGCCUUUCUGGUCCCGAGAGGAAAAUGGCGCAGCUAAUUUGGUGAGGAGCGCGGGCCCCGCCCCUGGCGGGGAGAAGGUUCACCUGGUGUCUGGGAACUUGAAGUUGAAUUUGUGGAGAAGGUCGCUUGUUGUUCUAACCCUAGAUUGCUCCCUCCUUGGGCUGCAUUUCAAAAACAGUAUUUUUUAAAGGGUUGGAGGCAGAAGACAUGGCAACAUUCCAGAAACCAGCAUUAUUACAGCACCAUAGCCAGGAUAUUUAGUUUGGCUUUUCCUAACAUAGAAAUCUUAGAAGGUGGGGAAGUGGAAAUAAAGUUUUUAAAAGUGAGAGAGCAGGUUUCCAACUAUGUCAACAAAGCCUAUCGUGUUGAUGUUUUUAUUGAUCAUUUUAGCAACAUGCUAAUAAAAUUUCAAAUUGAAAUUUUUAUUUUCAUGGCUUUAAUCCAUGAUAGUUUAAAUACUGGGGGCCAUUAAGAGUGGACUUAGCUAAGAGCUUAGCUAACAUGCCUUUUCACUCUAUUUUUCUCAAAUCUUAUGAGAAUUCUGUUUUUGAAUAUUGCAGUUAAUUUUCUGGCUUGAAACGGCAGCCCUAGUAAUGGUGAAGUUGUUAAAUGUGUAUAUUGUACUGAAUUUCUUGUCAGUUAAGGGGUUUUAUUGCUUUGGUGGAAAUUGCUAGCAGGUUCCGUGAGGUUUCAUUUCUCCAUGUUGUAUACCAUUACCAUUUCACAUCUGUAUUUCUAUUUUUCUUUCUCUCCCCUUGAUGUCCUUAAGAAAGGAAUCCAGAAUUGGUGGCUUCCCCCCUCCCCCUUUAGCCAAUCCCACAAUCCAUUCCUGAAAACCAGAAAGGACUUGUAGUAGGAUCAGGGCAAACGUGUCUUUUUCAAAAAAAAUAAUAAAGGCUGUUUGAAACCCC